GAAAAACUUAUAUUGUUCAGGGGUCUGGAAGACUGUAUGAAGAAACGAUUUCCUGACGUAAUGCGAAGAGCACGUGAAGCAUCUUUAAAACUUGCCAAAGCUGCAAAUGUGAAUGCCUCACUAGAAGGUGAUUUAAAUUUGCUAAAGGACUAUCGCCCAAAUUGGAUAAAAAAGGAGUAUUGGGAAAAAAUGAUCAAUGAAGUGUGGACCACAUCCAAAUGGAAACGUUUAUCACAAUCAGGGAAAAAUAACAGAAAUAAAUUAGAAGAUGGCUCUGUUUCCAAACAUACCGGGGGUUCUAUAUCUAUUCGUCAACAUAAGAAAAGAAUGCAAGCAAUGCUUAAACGCCCUCCUACAGGAGUUGAACUUUAUGCAAGGUUGCACACUAAACGGUCCACUCAAGAGUACAUUACACCAAAGGCAGCUAAAGUUAAGGAGGCUUAUGAAAGUGCUAUGGUGGCUAAGUUUGGUGAUGAUACUAGUUGCCACCCCCUCUUGGAUAAUGAAACAUGGUGUGAUGUUUCCGGAGGAGUCAAGAAAGGAAGAAUAUAUGGAUUCGGAUCUGUGUCUGAUCCAGCGAGCUUUUUGGAAGGAACAUCUAGUACAAUAACAUCCCAAGAGGUUGUCUAUGAACGUGUACGAAACGAGAUGCGUGACGAAAUGGAUGCUAAAGCUGCAGAAAUGGAAGCUAAACAUCAACAAAUGCAUGUAUGCAGCCUUGCAAAAUAUGAUGGGAAAUUGAAAAUUAGAGGAAUGAGAACCGAAGAUGAUUGGAUGGACAUGAAAUGAAUAGAGCAGCUAAAAUGUUAUUGUGAAGGUUAAACUUUUUUCUGUUUGUACCUCUUUUGCAUACUUUGGAUUUCUUGGUGCUAAAAUGUUAUUUUGAAGUUAAACCGUUGGGAGUUUGAUGUUAUAAGGAUAGUUUCGUUUUUGGAUGUUUUUGAAUGACACUUUGGUAAACUUUGAUAGUUUUGGUAUUGUAAUGCUUGGUUGUAUCAUUAUUUGAUGUUCUUUAGUAUAAUAAUUUGAUGAUUAUAG